UUGAAUUUCCCCAACUUUUACCCCGAAAGAGAACAUAAAGGAGCCACCCAUCCUCCAAGGUGGGCAGUAUUCUCCAUCUUCAUUGAGGACAGGACAAGAAACCAACCUCCCCUAUAGCAGGGGAGCUCUGAGCCGGAGAAGAUUAUGUUCUGGUUGAAGGUUGGAAUUGCCAAACUUUGAAAUCCAAGGAAAACUCUGGAGAGCCUCUCUAGAUGCCUUAGGUCUGCUUCUUCCUUGAAGCAAGGGAAUGUGUUGGGGGAUUCCAUUGUUUUGCGCUCUCUUAAGCACUUAGUACAGUGCUCUGCACACAGUAAGCACUCAGUAAAUACCAUUGAUUGAUUGAGGAGCUCCAAAUGUUCCUUUCAGCCAAACGCAUCUAUCUGAGGACAAGAGAUGGACCCUGUGCAAGAAAACUCAACCUCACCGUCUGAGUUCAUCAUCCUGGGCUUCGGCAACCACCCUGAACUGCAGCUCUUCUUCUUCGGGCUCUUCUUCAUCAUACACCUAAUCACCCUGACUGGGCACCUGACCAUCGUACUGGUCACCUCAGUGUCCCACUCCCUCCGGAUCCCCAUGUACUUCUUCCUCCGCAACCUGUCGGCCAUCGAGAUCCUCUACAUCUUGGUGAUCGUCCCCAACAUGCUGGCCAACUUCCUUUCCAAGAACAAGACAAUCUCCUUUGUCGGCUGCGCCCUACAGAUGCACUGCUUCAUCGCCCUCGGGGGAGCAGAGUGCUUCCUGCUGGCCUUCAUGUCCUACGACCGCUACGUGGCCAUCUGUCAACCGCUGAGGUACGCAGUGAUCAUCAACAGGACCCUCUGUUUCCAGAUGCUGGCCAUAGCGGGCCUCAGCGGCUUUGCGCUUUCACUCUCCCUCACCGUCCUGAUCUUCCGGCUCCCUUUCUGCGGCUCCCACGCCAUCAAUCACUUCUUCUGCGACAUCCCUGCCCUGCUCUUCCUGGCCUGCACGGACUCGCCGGUCAACGAAGUCGCGGUCUUCAUCGUCUGCGUGCUCAUCCUCCUCAUCCCCUUCUUCCUGAUCCUGCUCUCCUACGCCUUCAUCGCGGCGGCCAUUUUGAGGAUCCGGUCGGCCGAGGGAAGACGCAAGGCCUUCUCCACGUGCGCCGGCCAUCUGGUGGUCUCCCUCCUGCACAACGGCUGUGCCAUCUUCAUCUACAUCCGGCCCAAGUCCGCCUACGCUCCGGACCAGGACAAGGUGGUGUCCCUGGUCUACACCAACGUGACCCCGAUGCUCUACCCCAUGAUCUACAGCCUGAGGAACCAGGAGGUACAGGGAGCCCUCAGGAGAGUCUUGGGGAGGAAGAUAAUUUCUUGGGUAUCUUAGGUCUUGGUGGGAUUCUUUUGGCCAACUCGUCAUGGGACAGUCCCAGGGUCUCUCAGGUCCCCAGUGGCUGUUCUUGGGGCACUUUUGCAGAUCUACCGCAGUCCGGCUCAC